AUGCGAUUUGGCAAAAAGCGCAGGAAGCUCGAUUUGAAAGUUACAAGCAAUGAUGUCCCAUUUGGAAGACUAAAACACCACCAACUAGGGGCGCAGGAUCUUACUUUUGAGGACCAGGAACUGGCUCAAACCUACAACCACAGAAAAAUGCAACCUGGUACACAGUCUCCAGUCAAGGAAACUGGAUCAUUGAAAAGAAUUAGCUCUAGUCGAAUUGCUCAAGCGGCUGAGCUUAUCACACGCUACCACAUAGAGGCAACGGGCUCCAAUUGGAAUAUUUGGCGGCCUGUGUGGCAUUUCAUUCUCAAAUACGAAAAAGACACCCUUACUACUUUUGAGCUGUUUGCGGACUAUUUUGCUCAGGAGGAUGACUUUUAUAGUCAUCGUAUACCCGCAAAUUGGCGGAAUCUUGACAACUACAAACGCGGCAUGUUUGUGGAAUUGAACUCGAUCCAUCGCAAACAUAGAUUUGAGACAUUCUACCGGCAUGUUUCGUUAAGUUCGCUUUUUUCUGAUUUACAACGCUUGAAAUUUGAAAACCUGGUUGUGCUAUCAUUACAAGGUCUUGAUUUGACUAAAAGAAAUCUUUGUCUGAAUGUCCUAUCAAGCAUGAGAUACUUGAACGUCUCUCAAGCAAAUGUUAACGACCAGAUGCUCAAAAGUUGGAGCAUUAGCAUGAAAAGCGGGAAUUUGAAAAACCUUCGCUGCCUAAUCUUGAACUAUAAUAAUCUGGAAAACGUCGAUUGCAUCUUGGACUCUCCCUUACAAUAUUUUGAGUCUGAUAUAGUGGUCGAAGAUCCGCAUUGGAGAAUAAGUACAGACGCCAAGCUAUCUGUUCUUCCAGAUGGUCUGAAAUUACGGCAGAUCAUGGGCGAAGACUAUUGUAACUCUCAGAUCAUUAUGGAUUGUAAAGUAUCGAGCACUGAAGGUAGCGAGUCGCUCGAGAAACUAUGGAAAAGCAGGUUUCAGUCAUCAAAUCCCAGCGGUCGAAUUUUUCAGUAUAUUCGUAUUGCCGACUCCAAGCCCACUAUUCCUCCAAAGCGGACCAAGCUUCGUCCAAAAGCGCGCGCAAAAAAACUCGAUGUCAAAACGUUUUUUGACAUAUAG